AUGGAGCACCAAAUUCUCAGUCAAAGAGACAAUGACGAUGGUGACACUUUGGAUACUAACAAUCUUACACAAGAAGAAAUUGAUGCCAUUUACCAAGGGGAAGUUCUAGUGAAGAAAGGCAAGAAAUUUGGCUAUGGUUCAAUUCCGGUAGCUGAUCCUACUGUUGAUGCAUCUCCAAAUUAUGAAAAAAUGUAUCUUGCGACUCAAGAAAAGCUCCAGAAAUCGGACCAAGUGAUUGAGGGAAUGCUGCUGAAGUUUAAAGAUGUUGAUUUUUGGAUUACUAUGAUGCAGAACAAAUUUGCAAAUGAAGUUCCACCUUCCAUGAGAGCAACAGUGAACACCAAUGGUGGACUAGGGUGGUUUUGCACAUCUAUAAAUGGAGGAGCGUCAACCAUGGGAGCUGCAAACUUGCGUAGAAGUCUAUCGCCUCUCCAUACAGAGGUCGAAGCUCUUCUAUGGGUAAUGAAGUGUAUGAUUGGUGCCGAUAACCAAGAAGUAGCUUUUUCACAGACUGUUCAGACCUUGUGA